GGCAACACAGUCAGUUAUAGUAGAGCUAGCGACGUGACAACACAAUGGUGUGAUCGUAAGUGGUAGAUAUGGCGAGGUUCAGCCAUGUGUUAAAGAUAACUGCAAUAUUUCGAGGUGCAGGACUAAUUGCAAUGACAUUUGGAGUUAUUCUGGUCAUGAAAGGAUUAUAUUAUAGUCAUGAACAUGAAAGGAGUUACACGAUUUCUAAGAAUGUUUCUCACUUCAUCCUUAAUGACAAAGACACAGGUGUACAGAGGAAUUACACACCGUCCAGAGCUAAUCAGGAAGGUAACGAUACUAACCUGCCAGUUUGCGAUAUCGACUACAAGGCUUUAAAAGGACGAGAAAAUAUCACAAUGACGUCACAAUCAUUAAUUUCGUUGGAAUCAAUGUUUCCCGACAGUCACGUGGGUGGACGAUUUAAGCCCAGUGGGUGCCGAUCAAAAUAUAAGAUCGCCGUCAUUGUACCAUUUAGAGACCGAGAUAGCCAUCUAAAAAUGUAUCUUAGAAAUGUCAUACCGAAGCUGAGGAGACAAAAAGCGGAUUUCACAAUCUACGUUGUCGAACAGGCUCCUGGAUCUCAUUUCAACCGAGGGAUGAUGAGGAAUGUGGGAUUUGCAGAAGCAAUUAAAAUUGAAGAUUAUGAUUGCUUUAUAUUCAAUGAUGUCGACUCUAUCUUUGAGGAUGACAGAAAUAUAUUCCGCUGUGGCAGAGAAAACAGUAUACGCCACCUGGUGACAGGAGUGGAUGUUUUUAAAUAUAGAUUAAAGUAUUCCAUACUAGUUGGCGGCAUCAUAGCAUUUACACCAGAGCAGUUCAGGAGGGUUAAUGGUUAUUCUAACUUUUAUUUUGACUGGGGCGCUGAGGACGAUGAUAUUUAUUACAGAAUUCAAAGGGAAAAAAUGAAAAUAGAACGGCCAGACGAAAAUUCCACUAUUGGAUUUAUGUCCACACUGCAACACGCACGAGAUCCGGAGGUAAAAUACAGAUUUGACAUUUUAUAUUCACGUAAUAACGUAACAUCACACAAGGAUGGACUAAAUUCUCUCAAAUACACAGUCAAAAUGAUUGGCUAUAAAAAGCUUUUCACUUGGAUCUAUGUAUCAGUGGACGAGAAUGAGGUGUUACAGGGUUUGGAUAGCAGUAUUCAAAGGAAAAUAUCUGUUUACAGAUCAAAACAUAAAGAAAAGUGAACUUUAUUCAAUUAAAGACGUAGGUGUUAUUUCAGACUGAAAUAUUUCCUUUGUCUGCAAUAGUGUAAUCCAAAUUGCGUUAUCGCUAGGUCAGCAAGCAUGUUUGUUGUUGGUACAAAUCAAUCUCAACGUGUCUUGGAACAGUAGGCAACACAGGAGCACAGUUGGAACAAUGAAAAUAAAACAGAGAAAUGUGCGUCGCGCCGUGAAACACGUUUCUGAGGCUCAUGAUCACUGAACCAUGUAUUCAGUGAACCAUAUGAACUGUGACACAAAUGUGCUUUCAGCUAUUUAUCCUUUGAACUAUAUAUACUUUGAACCACAUGUACUUUGAACCAAUGCAUUGUAAACCAAGUGUCUUGAUAGCCAUAUGCACUUUGAAGUAUAUGUACGGUGAAACAUAGGUUCUUUGAACCUGGUUAAAUGUUCACGAGAAAUUUGAAUCCAUGAUUGUCUCAACUCGGGGAUUUACGUUUAAAUAUUUCAAUUCCUACUCAAGUUUGACUCUAUGAAACUACCAAAUGUAACCUGUUUUAUUUGCCGAUGAAUUUGAACUGAUAAACAUUGCCUGUGCGUAUGAUUUUGCGAAGGGAGAUAGCUAUUGACAAGAAGAUACCACUUGAUGAGAUUUUACAUUUUUGUUGAAGCAACAUAAGAAAUUGCUCAAACAACCAAAACCAUAAAUUAGCAAAAUAUUAUCAGCUCACGGUUGCUAGCAGUAGUGACAAGCCAUGUACUGCCCUAGAAAUUCUCCCUCCAGCUACCCGUUCUACCUCUUGUGUCAGUAUCAACCCCCGGUACAAAUCGAAAACAACGUAGAUCCAUGUGGACCGGUCUUAUAUGAAACAGCCAACUGCCAUAUCAAAUUCUUUCGUCCUUUCAAGCCACGUCUGGUUUCCUGUCUAAUUCGACAUUCAACUACUGCAGCUUCAAAUUCCAGAAGAUGUAGAACCUUGAAAUUUAACAGCUGUCCACUUCGAGCUUGUAAAAAAAUGGCUGCCGUAGACUAGCAGCUGAACCUGCCCACCGCGUCUAGACAUGAAUCUUCCGCGAUGACACGUCAGAAAAAUUGAUAUGAAUUCAUCAAAAUAAAUAAAUAUGACAUUGAAAA